AUGGCUUUCACAAAUUACAGCAGUUUGAAUCGAGCUCAGCUAACCUUUGAAUAUCUGCACACUAAUUCAACUACUCAUGAAUUCUUGUUUGGUGCUCUUGCUGAACUGGUUGAUAAUGCACGAGAUGCUGAUGCCACCAGAAUAGAUAUUUAUGCAGAAAGGAGAGAGAACCUUCAAGGAGGCUUCAUGCUUUGCUUUUUGGAUGAUGGCGCAGGAAUGGAUUCGAAUGAUGCUGCCAGUGUGAUUCAGUUUGGAAAAUCGGCCAAGCGAACACCUGAGUCCACCCAGAUCGGGCAGUAUGGGAAUGGGUUAAAAUCGGGCUCGAUGCGCAUUGGAAAGGAUUUUAUCCUCUUCACCAAGAAGGACAACACGAUGACCUGCCUUUUCCUGUCUCGCACCUUCCACGAGGAAGAAGGCAUUGAUGAAGUGAUUGUCCCAUUGCCCACGUGGAAUGCCCAGACCCAGGAGCCUCUCACCGAUAAUGUGGAGAAGUUUGCUAUCGAGACAGAACUCAUCUACAAGUACUCCCCCUUCCGCAAUGAGGAGGAUGUGAUGAGCCAGUUCAAGAAGAUUCCUGGAGAGAGUGGAACGCUGGUGAUCAUUUUCAAUCUCAAACUCAUGGAUAAUGGAGAGCCGGAGCUAGACAUAAUAUCAAAUCCAAGAGACAUCCAGAUGGCAGAGACCUCCCCGGAGGGCACGAAGCCAGAGCGGCGCUCAUUCCGUGCUUAUGCAGCAGUUAUGUAUAUUGAUCCCCGGAUGAGAAUUUUCAUUCAUGGACACAAAGUACAGACCAAGAGGCUUUCCUGCUGCCUGUACAAACCUAGGAUGUACAAGUACACAUCAAGCCGUUUCAAGACCCGCGCAGAGCAGGAGGUGAAGAAGGCGGAGCACAUGGCUCGGAUUGCUGAAGAGAAGGCAAGAGAGGCCGAGAGCAAAGCUCGGACUUUGGAAAUGCGACUUGGCGGAGACCUCACAAGGGAAUCCAGGGUGAUGCUGCGGCAGGUGCAGAACACAGCCAUGACGCUGCGCAGGGAGGCUGAUGUCAAGAAGCGGAUCAAGGAGGCCAAGCAGCGAGCACUUAAAGAACCCAAGGAACUGAAUUUCAUUUUUGGGGUCAAUAUUGAACAUCGGGACUUGGAUGGCAUGUUUAUCUACAACUGUAGCCGGCUGAUCAAGAUGUAUGAGAAAGUGGGCCCACAGUUGGAAGGGGGCAUGGCCUGUGGUGGGGUUGUUGGUGUGGUUGACGUGCCCUAUCUGGUCCUGGAGCCUACGCACAACAAGCAAGACUUUGCUGAUGCGAAAGAGUACCGACACCUCCUGCGGGCCAUGGGGGAGCACCUGGCACAGUACUGGAAGGAUAUCGCCAUUGCCCAGCGUGGCAUCAUCAAGUUCUGGGAUGAGUUUGGCUAUCUGUCUGCCAACUGGAACCAGCCCCCAUCCAGUGAGCUUCGUUAUAAACGCCGGAGAGCUAUGGAAAUCCCGACCACUAUCCAGUGUGAUUUGUGCCUGAAGUGGCGGACUCUCCCCUUCCAGCUGAGUUCUGUGGAGAAAGAUUAUCCUGACACCUGGGUGUGCUCCAUGAACCCUGAUCCUGAGCAGGACCAAUGUGAGGCUUCUGAGCAGAAGCAGAAGGUUCCCCUGGGAACGUUCAGAAAGGACCUGAAGACACAGGAAGAGAAGCAAAAGCAGUUGACGGAGAAAAUUCGCCAGCAGCAAGAGAAGUUGGAGGCCCUUCAGAAAACCACACCCAUCCGCUCCCAGGCUGACCUGAAGAAAUUACCCUUGGAAGUGACCACUAGGCCCACCCCCGAGGAACCUGCACGCAGGCCACAGCGUCCCCGGUCACCUCCUUUACCUGCUGUGAUCAAGAAUGCCCCAAGCAGACCCCCUCCUCCACCAACUCUUAGGCCAACCAUUCAGCUGCGGAAGGCUCCUGUGAUCACUGCUUCGAAGCCUCCUUCCCUGGCAGCCCAGGAAGAGGCUGGUACCUCUAGGCUGCUGCAGUCAACCAGGGUUCUCCGAAAGCCUGCUAAUACCCUCGUCAGGGCUGGGCCCCCGUCCACCCUUCCGGUGCAGUCGCCUUCACCGUCUCUACUGCCAAACUGCAAGAUCCCACAAGAGACCCCUGUCCCCAGAGCCAUUAAGACUCCAGUGGUCAAGAAGCCAGAGCCACCCAGUAAAAUCUCUCCGGCUACUCCUAGCCGGAAGCGCAGCUUUGGGAUCCCUGAGGAGGAGGAAGCUGAGGAAGAGGUUGAGAAGAAGGAGAGGCCCAAGCGGGCCAAGCUUGCUGUAAAGGAGGAAAAGAAGGACUCAAUUGAACUCUCAGACAGCACUGGGGAGGAGGACCCGGCUGACCUCAGACGAGCUCAGAAAGAUAAAGGACUGCAUGUGGAGGUCCGUGUGAACAGAGAGUGGUACACAGGCCGUGUCACAGCCGUGGAGGUGGGCAAGCACGUGGUGCGGUGGAAGGUGAAGUUCGACUACGUGCCCACAGACACAACACCCCGAGACCGCUGGGUUGAGAAGGGUAGUGAGGACGUGCGACUCAUGAAGCCCCCUUCUCCAGAGUAUCAGAGUCCUGACACGCAGCAGGCAGGUGGGGAGGAGGAGGAUGUGGUGGCCAUCACCCCGAAGGCUGUAGCCAUGGCCGAGCCCUCCACUUCUGACUGCAUCCGCAUUGAGCCAGAUACCACUGCCCCCGGCACCAAUCACGAGACCAUCGACCUGCUCGUCCAGAUACUCCGGAAUUGUUUACGUUAUUUCCUGCCCCCAAGUUUCCCCAUCACAAAGAAGGAGCUGAGUUCUAUGAAUUCUGAUGAGCUGAUAUCAUUUCCUCUGAAGGAGUACUUCAAGCAGUAUGAAGUGGGGCUCCAGAAUCUGUGCCACUCUUACCAGAGCCGUGCCGACUCGAGGGCCAAGGCUUCGGAGGAGAACCUGCGCAACUCCGAGAGGAAGCUCCGUGAAACAGAGGAGAAGCUGCAGAAGCUGAGGACCAACAUCGUGGCGCUCCUCCAGAAGGUGCAGGAGGACAUAGAUAUCAACACGGACGAUGAACUGGAUGCCUACAUUGAGGACCUCAUCACCAAGGGGGACUAA